GCUUAGUGCAUGGUGAUGCCUUUUCUUUCCCCAGCACUUUUAGAUCAGUUCGUAUCGUGCUCCGGAACGCACGACAUCAUGACCAUGCUCGUACUACUCGCUCUCUGUUCUGUGGCGAGUGCAUUUAACUUAGUAGAGCUACCAAUAGAGGAUGAUCCGCGGUUCUCCUUGUCACAAGACGUGAAAGCUAUGACCAGCAUAACAGAAAGAAUGUACAUUGUUUCCCGGAACUACAAUAUCACCACCCCAAAUCGGUGCCAUUCGGCAAUAAAGACGGCAGCUCUCAGCCAUGACAAGAUUGUAGUCGCUCUGCGAGCGCACCUCGGAGGAAUCGGUGGUCCACCGGUAGAAUCCAAGAGCCUGUUCAUUUCUUUAAGAACUGGAUUGCACAAGAGAGAUAACGCAGUAAUCUACAAACUACACCCACGUUUUCAUCCCGCCGUGCGCAAGCUUAUGUACAUUGAUCCCUUCAGAAGGUGUCUAAUUCUGGUUGAAAGAAUCGAACAUUAUGGAAAAGGUUGCCAACUGAUGAUGACUGAAAGUGCGCUGGAUUACCCAAUUCCCACGUUUUGUAUGCUUCUGUAUCGGCACCACUGCCCCGGACCUAAGGUUGCACUCUACCAUCCUUACUGCAAGCAUCAAGAUGCUCUCAUUGAUCGAAAGGCGAUCGAUGAAGGCUAUAAUAAGCACUAAAAAGUGGGCAUACUGAGCGGUAUAUUUACCAAUAAAAUAUUACCUUCCUGCUCGUA